UUUGAUAUGGAUGUUGAAGCCACGAGUGUUGUACAGGUACUUUUGAAUGAGAAAUCUAUUAUUUGUUCUAAUUGUAAAUCGCUUAUUCUAAAGCCAAACAAGGCUCAAUUAGUAAAUACUGAGAUAUUCUUACCUCAUAUUGAUAUCAAAAAAUCUAUAGGUGAUCAUACUGAAAAAAAUAUAGGGGAAAAUAUAACUCAAUUUUGGAGAGUAAAAAGUUCAGAUAUAUAUAUCUUUGAAAAUAUUGGUUUCACACAUUCGAUACCAUCUUCUAACUCACCCUUUAAAUAUUUAGCUUGUGCUGACUGUGAAAUAGGUCCUUUAGGUGUUGAUAAUUUAUCCCCACUUACCAAUAACAAUAAUACAGAUGAUCAAAAUUCAUUCAGAUUUUUUAUAGCCUGUUCAAGAGUGUCACUUUUAUAAUUUACUCAUUAAUUUAAAUAUACCUAAAAAAAUGGAUCUGAUUGCAAGCAUAAUAAAAAAAGAAAUAGGAUCCAAAUGUUUUCAUGCCUUUUUUGGUGACCAUUUUGAUGACAAUGAAACAUAUUCCAUAAUAUCCAUGGUUCAAUCCCUAAUAUCAUUCCCCAUACAAAUUAUAUCAAGCAUAUUUUUUACACAACCAACUUCUAGCCAACUCAACAUGGAAUGCACUAAGAUUGUGAUCAGCAAAGUUCUUAGCUAUACCAUUAUAAUGGGUUCACUAUUAGUAAAAUUACCCCAGAUUAUUAAAAUAUUUCAGGCUCGUAAUUGUGAUGGUAUUAGCAUUUACAGCAUUUUGGUAGAAUUGUUGGCCAUAACAACCACAAUGAUUUAUGGCUAUGCCCAGGAUUUUCCAUUUAGUUCCUGGGGAGAUUCUCUUUUUAUGGGCAUCCAAACCUUUAUAAUCGCCAACCUCUACUUUUAUUAUAAUCAACGAAUUUUGAAAGGGAGUAAUAGUAAUAAUUUGGCUACUUGUCUUAUAUUUUCGAGUUUCUAUAUCUUGAUAAUUGGAAUUUUUAUGGCACCCCAACAAGUAAUACCAUUAUAUUAUAUAUCGGCCCUUCAAACUUUCAACUUACCAAUCGUAUUUUUCAGUAAAGCUCUUCAGAUAUUCGAGAAUUACAAAAAUUCCUCAACUGGGCAAUUGUCUAUUCUUUCAUACUCAUUAAUAACUCUUGGUAGCAUGGCUCGUAUAUUUACUUCCAUUCAAGAAACUGGUGAUACUCUUGUCAUUCUUCCAUUUUGUUUAGCUUCGUGUCUGAACGUUGUAUUGAUCCUGCAAAUCUUAUAUUAUUCUUCAUCGUCAAAAGCUAAAAAUUUAAUAAGAUCAAACAAAGAUAACGAUCGAAAUAAGAAAUUGAAAAACAAAUGAACCUGAAGAAAAAUGAAAACUUUAUGUUUAAUGAUAAUGUUUUAUUGUUAAAGCUUUAAUUGUAUUGAAAAAAUAAAAUUUUAUUGUCGAAAUAUUAUAAUUCAUGAAGGUUAAAUACUUUUGUAAA